CAUGAACCUUAAAAAGAGUUGUAUGGACAGGUUGCAACCUCAGGCCACCACGAUCUGUUAGUCAGCCAGCAAGCCAAGCCACUGUGAACCUCUCAGUAUGGCUGAGCCGGCUUGAAUGAAAGAGCAAUCGGGGGCAUGCAGCGAGCUGAUAAUGCCUAUUUAGUCGAGACCAAUAAUGGAUGACUGACCUUUGUCCGAUCGCUUCGUGAUUCAAACAAAUCUCCGCUCUUUGUGUUACAUGAGACUAUUCAGCUGCCCCAUCCCGGAUUCCCCUCCCUCGCUGUUCCCCAGACCCAACUGCCUCCGCGCUCGCGACGUCCUGCACCCCUCCCCUCAAACCAACAGCGACAACAACAACAACAACAGCUCGAAACUCCGGGUCCCUAUUCUCGCGCCGUUCCAUUUUAGCCCGGUCCUGCUCCCGUGGUUUUCGUCGUAAACCAAAUGCAGCCAUCUAUCACGCAUCUCAUUCGCGCCAGGUGAUAGAGACGCCUCACUUGCGGCUAGAUGGAGACCCAUGGCGUCCGGAUACAACUCAACUUUCUCCGCGACAUCGGUCCAGCACCGCGCUGCAGGAGAUGGGAGAUCACUGUCUAGUCAGGAUGACGGCUUCGUGGACGGCAGCUGGCCUGGGCCUCCUGCUUCAAGAACGGGGAGAAAUGGCCGAUCUGGGUCGGGAGGAAGUACAACCAUCGGCCCGCGGGGAGGGUCCUUGGCUCCUUCCUCAGGAGGACCGGGUAGCUUCAGCGCCGAACUGAAAAGUAUGAAGUCAUCGCGAAGUACCACUCCGCGGGCUGACACACGACCCGACGCCCCAUAUGCGCGGAGACCUAGCAGCAUCGACUAUAACGACCUACCGAGCACAGAGGAGCGCCAGGCCGUGAUUCGUGAUAAGAUCGCCAAAGAGAUGAAGAUCAAAACAGGGACAGAGAAUAUGCUAGAGGCACUGUUAACGAAGAGUUCAAAGCAAACAAAGGACCAGAGGUUGAGGGUGGAAUCGGAGCUUAGCUCGUCAAACCGCAAGCUUGCCGAGCUACACAAUGAACUAGAGGAGGAGCUUCUACGUGCGCAGGCGCCAUCAACUCCUCCUCGAAGCCGGCUAUCGAGUUUAUUUCAAGGAAGCUCGAUGCGAUCACCCUCUCGUGCCGCCAAUGUGUCCGACACUGAGCCACUGGAAGAUGUCGAAGGGGAAAUGGAGUCGCCGACAUAUGUUCUUGCCGAGACUCUUCAAGCUCUGGAAAUAGAAGGGAUGUCGCCGGAUUAUUACGUUGAGCGUGCAAACAGUCUCGUCGAACUCUUCAAACGACACCCUACCUUGAAGUAUGACCUUGCGUGGUCUGUUUUUGGUCUGCGAGUUCAAGUCAUGCUUUUGAGUGACAGCAAAGAGGUAGUGGCAGCUGGUUACCGGUUAACUCGCUAUGCCAUUGCAGACCGAAAAUCCCUCCAGGUCAUCCGAUCACUUCAUACAGAUGAACUCGUUAUCCUAUCCUUGGUCAAGGAGAGCAAAGCGAGCAUUGAACGAGAGCAGGCACUAAAGUUUGUGCGUGCAUUCUUAGAUGUCAAGGAUGGUGUAAAGGAGAUUUCACGUCCUGUUGUACGGACGAUCGUGUCCGUCGCUGAGCACCACGAGGACCGUCUUCGAAAUAUUUCACUCAUGACGCUCGCGGAGAUACUAGUCAAAGACCCUCAAUUAAUAGCCUACGCAGGAGGGUUUUCCCCAUUACACGAUGCCCUUUCAGAGGGAACAUUUGGUGCCUCAGAAAGUUUGAUCUCAAGCUUCUUGCAUGUCCUCGACACACCUCGCAGCAGGACGCAUCUUAGGGGAGGGUGCGAAUUAGAAGCGGUUCUCGCACCAUUCACUGACUCUCUGUCCGACAGUGUUCGCAGUGGACGCUUACAAUCAUCAGCAAAGGCCAUCUCUGCGAUGUUAAAGACAUGGCCGGGCUUGGUUAUUCUCGGAAGGAACGGAGCAAAGCCGCUAAAGUCGCUUUUAGAAUCGUUGCACUACCCUGACCCUCAGGCGAGGGAUUUGAUCAUGGAGCUUCUAUUUGACGCCUUGAGGAUAAAGCCGCCCUCUUGGUCGUCGUCAUUUCUCGCCGGACGAAGGCUUACGACCUAUGGCAGAGUCGCGAAUUUAAGAUCAGAGUCGGACACGAAACAUCUCCGGGGCGUUUUCGGCGGUGGCGAUAAUAAAUUCGAUCUUACAGCACACUUUUCGACACUUAUUCUCGCUACCUUGGUCGAUGCUGGCCUGUCAAAGGCUCUCUGUGACCUGAUUGAAGAAGAAGAGGAUCUAUCGCUUCGGCGAAAGGCAACGUUGCUUCUGACAGAGGUUUUGAAGCUAGCCCACCAUUCUCUACCCCAGAAUGUCAGUGCGAAGCUUCAAGUUCUUCCACAUUUGAUUUCGCCUGCCAUUACAUUUGACGUUGAGAAUCACGACGUUUCAACUUCCACUAUAUACCAAAUAGAAAGCAUCAACAGGACCCUGGCCCGCUCGUUAGCCGGUGUUCCCAAUGGAGCUGGAAGAUAUAGCGUUGAUGUUGAUAUUUCGGCCACCCUAUUAUCCCCAGAUCAGAACAAAGACAAGCUGAGCCCUGCCAUGGAUGAGACGCAGUUUCGCAACGCGAUCCUGGAGACACAUGUCCUAAAUACCGUCAACUAUAUCAAGUGGAAAUGGGACCUGAUUCAUAAAAUCGUCGAAGGCCCUCUCACAAAUCCAAAGAGGCUUGAUGAAGCGAUAAAAGGGUCCAAGUUUAUGAAACGCCUGAUGGGAUUCUAUCGCCCGUUCAAGUACAGAUUUUCGAUGCUACCAAACACGAAACCGAAUCAGCGCUAUGUUCGCACAGGCUGCGCAUUGAUGCGCACACUGGUGCAAACCACCGAGGGAACCAAAUACCUGGCGGAGAACAAGUUCCUUCGGCAGGUCGCUGAAUGUCUUGCUCAAGUGGACCAUAUGAGUGGUCUGACGUCGUCUUCACCAUUAUUCUCCAAGGACCAAAUGUCCUCAACAUUGAGCGGAGGGUACUUUGCCAUGCUUGGAACAUUAAGUGCUGAUGCAAACGGCCUUGCGAUGAUGGAAAGGUGGCACAUGCUCAACAUGUUCUAUCAUAUCAUUGAACUUCGGGAUCGGGACGAUCUAGUGCAGACGCUUUUGGGCAAUAUGGAUUACACUCAGGGCAGUCAUCUCAGAGUGAUGCUGUCCAAGGCGCUCACCACAGGCUCGAAAGAUAUUCGCAUCUUCGGAACCAGACUGCUUCGAAAGUAUACGAUGGGAAAUGUCUCACUUCCUUCACUCAUGGAUGUGGAUAAUGCCGACUGGGUUAUCAAGCUCCUCGUAACCCAGCUAUAUGAUCCCGAUGUUUCCGUUUGCCAAGUGGCCGUCAAGAUUCUCGAGGAGGCGUGCAAUCAGCGUGACUAUCUUGAGUUUGUGGUCAAGUGCCGACCAUCUUUAGAUCACCUCGGCGAAAUCGGCGCGCCCUUACUCUUGCGAUUUCUAUCGACAUCAGUAGGGUAUCAUUAUCUCGAUGGACUCGACUACAUUACGCAAGAAAUGGACGACUGGUUCCUCGGCAGAAAUGAUGCAUAUGUGGGCCUCGUCGAGGCUGCUUUAUCCCGAGCUUACGUCGACCAACCUCGAAGAAGCAGUCUGGUUCCUGAAGAUCUUGUGGACCUUCAGGAUAUCGGCCUGGUACCACCGCACUUCUAUAGGGAACUGGCUCGCACUGCCGAAGGGUGCAGACUUCUCGAGGAGUCAGGCCACUUCAAUGAGUUUUCUGGGACGAUUCAGGAUUUCACAUUGAACGAGGAAGACAACGAGGCCCUCCUCAAAGUCAAGGGCUGCCUCUGGGCUGUGGGAAAUGUCGGGUCUAUGGAGUUGGGCGCUCCAUUCCUCGGUUUAGACCUUGUGCGGCAUAUUGCGAAGAUAGCCGAAUGCGCAGAGGUCCUGACAAUGAGGGGGACUGCGUUCUUUGUCCUGGGCCUGAUCUCGCGCAGUCAACACGGGCUUGGAGUCUUGAGAAAAUGUGGUUGGGACUCGGCGGUUGAUCAGAAGGGAAAUUCACUUGGGCUAUGUCUCCCAACGGACUUUAGCAAGCUCUUCUUGGUUGAUUUCCCUUUUUAUUCCAGAUCUUCAGACGCGAAGCGCACAUCCCAGGAAAAACUCAAAGCAGCUACCUUGGAUUCUGAUGCUGGUAACCAAAAGAUCCUCAAGCUGAUCGCUGACAUGGGCAACACUGUUUUGUCCAAGCGGGCAGCAGCAGAUCUUCACAGCCUCAAAUCCAAACAACCUGAAAAGUUCCACCAGCCUCACCUUUUCCGCAAGGCACUGAGUAUUCUCGAAAGUCACCACUUUAGAUUGCCUGCUCGACGCUUCGCACUCGAUCUUUUCGACAAGAGCGUGAUGCGGCGUAUAGUCAUAGACGAGGAGUCUGAUACCGAUUCGGACGAGAGUUCCUCGCAAGAAUCGUCCUAACCCUUUCUUCUCCAAUUUAGGCUUUACUAGCCUAACUUCAAUCCAAACCUCGUGCCGCUCCAGGCAUGAACGACAAACAAACAUUUUCUUACGUGGUUCUCGGCCUAUAGUUUGCUGGCCUUGCGGUUGAUCCGAUGUUUUCUGGAUUUGGCGAGAAGUGGUGGCUGUUAUAUAUGGUUGUGGGAGUUUCGGUUUGGAUUCUUGGUUGAUUCUCUUACUCUUGGCUUCAUUUGAGAAGUCAAUGUCCUGCUUCUUUAGCGGCAGAUGUAUACUGUACAUACACACGAAACGAUCACGAAGGUUGAGUAUCAUCACUUAAGUAUAUAAUUGGUAUCGUCACUCGUAGGUAGCUGUAGAAAUAUGCUAAAUUUGGAGAGUAAUGCAUUACAUAAGGCGUUCAUAAAGCGGC